GCCCUAAUUUCAACAAAAUCGCAUCUGUGGGGUAUCGGCUCACUAUUGCGACGUCGACGUUUAGGAAGUACGAGAACUUUCGACACCGAUCUUGAGAGCGAGUCGGUAACGAUCAACACCUAAUAGAAUUACAAGUCGGGUUCUGGACUGUUGUGGUGCGAAAAUCAUAGAAAAGAUCAUCUUUUUAUAUAAUCUACCUAUAUCUGAGGCGGACUGAAUUGCCAAAAGCGGGAACUAUGGAGGAGCUACAAUCUGCUCUAAAUGCUCACAUGGAUCAAAUGGCAGAUCUGGUGGAAAAGCUUACAGGGGAACUCCGCUCUGGACUCAAACCUGCUUAUGAAAACUUCAUGGGUUUCUUCCAUGCCAUCGACUGGAAGGAGCCCUGGUUGAUAUGUCUUAUUUCCUUCCAUGUGGUGUUGCUGCUGGUAGCUUUUAUGUCGAGGAAGAACAUCAACUUUCAGAUGUGUUUGUUCCUUCUUGCAUUGGGAGGAGUGUAUCUUGCCGAGAGGCUUAAUCAUUACUUAGCCGGCAACUGGAGAAGCUUUGCAGGGCAAAACUAUUUUGACCGCAAUGGACUUUUUCUCUCAGUACUCUGGUCUGGGCCACUUUUGGUGAUUGCUAUUAUAAUCUUGGUGAAUACCUUGUUUUCACUGUGCCAUCUAAUUGUCAGAUGGAAAAAGGCUGAGCUGAGACAUCGUGCAAGAGUAGCUCAGAAGAAAGAGGAGUGACAGAAUUUUGCUUCUUUUGCACAUGGCGGCAUCUUGUAUCAAAUUUGCCCUUGGGAAGUCGAUAUUUUUGGUUUCUUAUACUUUGAUCUUCUCCAGCUGAAAAUUGUACUUAUAUUUUGUUCUUGGCGAUACAAUAAUAUCACUAAACAGAGCUCUUAAGGACCCUUUUCAGUGUUGACAUUAUCACACGUUUACACACAUCUAUAUAUGCUUCCUAGGAGAAUUAUAUACAUGUAUAUUUCUGCGAGUGUAGCUCCAGAGAACGUUUGAGUUUAUUCCUAAAAGCUAUGAGAUCA